CAGACUGUGCGGGACGGUGCCGGACCAUCAUAUUCCUCUUAUCCUGAGGAACCUCAGACUGUGCGGGACGGUGCCAUCCUUCCAACACAUAAGAGGUUUUUCUGUCUGGAGUGCGGGAAGUAUUUCCUUUCUAAAUAUGAUCUUAAUGUGCAUAAAAGAUCUCACACGGGAGAGAAGCCGUAUUCCUGUCCUGAGUGCGGGAAGUGUUUCAGUUUUAAAAUCAGUCUUGAUCUUCAUAUAAGAUCUCACACUGGUGAGAAGCCGUAUUCUUGUCUUGAGUGCGGGAAAUGUUUUUCAAAGAAGUCUCAUCUUUUUAGACAUCAGAGAUCUCACACGGGGGAAAAACCAUAUUUUUGUUCUGAGUGCGGGAAUUUUUUUUCAGUGAAAUCCGAUCUCAACAGACACCAAAGGUCUCACACAGGGGUGAAGCCGCAUUCUUGUCCUGAGUGUGGGAAACAUUUCACAUCGAGACGCAACCUAAAUGAGCAUAAAAGAACUCAUACAGGGGAGAAGCCGUAUUUCUGUCCUGAGUGCGGGAAAUGCUUUUUAAAAAAAACAUUACUUGUCAGACAUCAGCGGUAUCACACAGGGGUGAAGCCGCAUUCUUGUCCUGAGUGUGGGAAACAUUUCACAUCGAGACGCAACCUAAAUGAGCAUAAAAGAACUCAUACAGGGGAGAAGUCGCAUUCCUGUUCUGAGUGCGGGAAAUGCUUUUUAAAAAAAGCAGAUCUUGUCAGACAUGAGAGAUCUCACACGGGGGAGAGGCCAUUUUCCUGUUCUGCCUGCGGGAAAUGUUUUUCACAAAAGUCCGGUCUUCGCUUACAUCAGAGAACUCACACGGGGGAGAAGCCGUAUUCCUGUCCUGAGUGUGGGAAAUGUUUUUCUAGGAAGUGCAGUCUUUACAAACAUCAGCUAAAUUUGUGUGGGAAAGGUUUUGUAGAGAAAUCAGAUCUUGUCACACAGCAGAGGUAUCACACGGGGGCGGAGUCACAUUCCUGUGCUGAGUGUGGAAAAUUAUUUUUAAAUAAAUCAGAACUUGUCCAACAUCAGAGAAUACACACGGGGGAGAAGCCGUAUUCCUGUCCUGAGUGCGGCAAAUGUUUUUCACAGAAGUUCAAUCUUCAAAGACAUCAGAGAUCUCACACGGGGGAGAAGCCGUAUUCCUGUCCUGAGUGCGGAAAAUGUCAUUCAGAUAAGUCCCUUCUUCAAAAACAUCAGAAAUCGCACAUGGAUAAGAAGCCAUUUUCCUGUAAUGAGUGCGGGAAAUGUUUUUCAGAGAAGUCCUUUCUUUCCACACAUCAAAGAUUGCACACGGGGGAGAAACCGUAUUCCUGUAAUGAGUGCGGGAAAUGUUUUUCGCAGAAGUCCAAUCUUUCCAUACAUCAGAGAUCUCACACGGGGGAGAAGCCGUAUUCCUGUCCUGAGUGUGGGAAAUGUUUUUCAGUGAAGUCCAAUCUUACCACACAUCAGAGAUCUCACACGGGGGAGAAGCCUUUUUCCUGUUCUGAGUGCGGGAAAUGUUUUUCGCAGUGGUCCAGUCUUAACACACACAAGAGACUGCACAUGGUGGUAAAGCCACUUCCCUGUCCUGAGUGAGGGAAUUGUUCCUCACUGAAGUCCUGUCUUCCUGUACAUCAGGGGUCCCACACAACCCU